CCCUUUGCAGUGUUAGACAAGGCUUUGUCUGUUGCUACAUGUACCUGUUGUAGCCACAUCGAGGGUCGUAUUUUGCCCAAGCUGAGCAUAUGCCGAGGCAGCACUUUUCCUCACUCAUGCAGCUUCCAAUUAAUUUCCAGUUUUGUUUUAAUCAGGGUGAAGAAAAGACUGUUUAUCCCAGUAUCCCAGCAGACUGGUAGCAGGCAAGGAAAACAGCAAUGAUCUUUAAGAAUGCUGCUGAGCAUGGUCAGCUGGGUUUGGGAAAAAAAAAAUCAUCUCUUGUCCAAUCAGUGGACAGCAGUUUGCUCUCUAUUUAGACCGUUUUACUGUUUUUCUUUCCCACUCAGGAAGAGGUUGGGUUCUUCAUAGGAAUGUGCUUGAUCCACCUAAUACAAAUAAAAGCUGGUAAGAAAUCGGGGCACGCUGCCUUUCCCCUGUGCAUGGCUGAGCUGUACUGUAGCCCCCUCUGUGCUGACCUUCUAGGGCAGGCUGGUGAGCUGCGGGGUGUUCCUCCUGUGGACCAGGAUGUCAAAGGCUUCUUUCCCCUGAGCAGUGAGCGCCCACGGGCCCGACGUGCUGCCCGCUCCUGGAGGGAAGUUAUUUAUCCAAUUCUUUUUUUUUUAAGUCUGAGCCAGGCACUAGUUUUGUCUGGUGUGAAAUGUUUUAAAACAAGAUCUUUCGAAGACCACAGCACACAGCAUGGAGCCCAACGCCAGCUCCCACUGACAUCGUUUGUAAACUGGAGCCUCCAGAAAUGCCGUAAAACACUUCCCCCCCAGCCUAGGAGGGGCUCAGACAAUAAUAAAUAUCACAGUUUUGAUCUUUGCUCUGUACUGUGAAAGAGCUUGGCCUAGGAGCCAAAUUCCUAGGGCAUCACUUGGCUCUCCUAACAUAGAUACGGUAUCUUACUAGGAUAUUGUCCUUCUCCUGCUGCAGACUAUUGCCUGAGUUAGUGAGGACAGAAUGACUUCCCUAUGCCCUGAGACAGAGGCGCCACUUUCAGCCUUUCAUCCCACCACUUAUUGGGUGAGUUACAGCAAGAAGCAGAGUCCUCUGGAAAAAAAAAAAAAAAAAAAGAGCGUGCUUGUCGAAUCCAAAGUCAAUCUGCCAGGAGGUAGAAAUCAAAGCUGUCCUGGCAGCAGUCCUUCAGACCUUUCUGCGCACUUAAGAGCACCGUGGGCAAAACCACCCAUCCUUGAGUUGUCUCUAAAAAAAUGUUUGGCUGCAAGUUUCUGAAGGCUGGACAUGCCCGGUGGGUGUGGGGGAGUCUGACGUGAACACGGAGCAGAAACCUGAACAGAAAGGGGAGGAGGCAACAACACUAGGAGCAAAAAAAUAUUUCAGGCUUGACAGUGUGCCAAGGACACAAACUGACUGCAGGAAAUAUCUCUGCUGUGGUGUAGGAUUUUUUUUUUUUUUUUUCUUUCCCCUCUCGUUAAAGACCUUCAAUUGCUGGUGUGGGUGGUGGGGCUGGGGUCCCGUUGCUCGCCGGUGCUGGCGGCAGGGCAUGUGAAGCCGGCGGCAAUAACCGGAGGGCCGCUAAGGGCUCCUUCAGCCGGAGGAAGCGGCGUGGUGCCAGCCCAGGCUGGUUUCUGUGAUUACGUCCCUGCGGGUGUGUCGGUUAAAACCCCGCACGGGAGCGGCGCGGCGCAGGCAAACGCCAGCGGAGCCGAGCCGGAGCGGUCACGGCCUCAGCUGAGAAGAGAUGGCCUCGGUGUGUCCCCCGGCGGCCUCCACGCAGCCCACCUUGCCCUCCGGACCCACCGUCUUCAAAACCAUCCCCUACGCAUUCAUCCUACCGGAGAUACUCUGCGGGACCUGGGUGUGGAUCCUUGUCGCUGCUACCUCCGUCUCCCUCCCGUUGCUGCAGGGAUGGGUGAUGUACGUGUCCCUCAGCUCCUGCCUCGUCUCCCUGCUGCUCCUCUUAAGCUACCUCUUUGGCUUUCACAAAAACAGCGAGAACUGGAAAGUGCUGGACAGUUUGUACCACGGUGCCACAGCCAUUCUGUACAUGAGCGCUGCUGUCUUGCAAGCCAACGCGACCAUUCGCUCUGAGUUCGGCCCCAACUCGCCGCUCUACUACCAGCUCAACAGCGCCGCAUCGGUGAGUUGGUCCAGAAAACUGCAGGCAGGCCAGAGCAGCCACCGUUCCCCUCAGGGAGACGCAGGAGCAAAUAUUAAAGCCAUCUCAAAACCAGCAGUGUCACACCGGUCAGAGUUUCAGCUCCUCGUCUCUGCUGCGUCGUGCAGCCAGUGUGGGCUUCUCGGGGUCCAGCAGCUCACGGACAGCCUUGCGCAGCUGCUUCCUGGGAGACGGGGGGGGCUUUGCCUCUUCUUUGAGGCUGGAGAGAGAGCUCUGGGCUGGCAGGUUGCCCCGGGUCGAGAACACCGAGAGGAGAUGAGGUUAGACUCUCCCAGCUGACCCCAGCUCUUGCUCUUCCUCCUCUCGUGCAGUUCUUCGCCUUCAUCACGACCUUCCUGUACAUCCUCCACGCCUUCAGCAUCUACUACCAGUGAGCCCGGCAGCGCCAGCUUCGCCUCUGCAGGACGAGGGCUCUCCCAGCGCGAGGGGUGCAGCUGCCGGGGACGGCGGUUGCUUUUGUACUUCACUGAAGGAGGGAUUUUUGUACAGCAGCGUUGUGUCGGUGUGCCUGUGGGGACAUUUCAUGCCUUGCCCAUGGGCUACGCAAGGGGAGGGACUGGGUGCAGGCUCUGAGCCAGCCUCCCACUCCGAUGUUCCACCAAAUAUAGAUCAUCAAGGAAAAAAAAAAAAAAAGAAAAUCACUGUUCCUUCAGCAACCAAUUUCCUUUCUUAUAGUAUUUUCUUAUCUCUGUUGCAGCUGGAUCACUCCCCAACACAUACAUUCAUAAUAAUAUUACAGUAUUGUGUUCCUUGACUUUCAGAUAAUGUCAUUUGGUAUAUGCAGUGCUUAGAAUAAAGCAUCUAUUAACAGUG